AUGGCACCGACAGAAAUCGCCAUUCCUUCGACCAGCGUUUCCGACGAAGGCUCCAAGAAACCUUACACACUCUACAAUAUCACGCUUCGCCUCCCACUGCGAUCUUUUGUCGUCCAAAAGCGAUACUCAGACUUCGAUGCCCUCCACCAGGCUCUGACGCAACAAGUUGGCGCUCCGCCACCAGAACCUCUACCAGCGAAACACUGGUUGAAGUCGACUGUCAACUCAGUCGAACUGACCCGAGACCGCCAGGCAGGACUCGAGAAAUAUCUACGAGCGAUUGCAGAAUCACCUGAUCGACGAUGGCGUGACACAUCAGCUUGGAGAGCCUUUUUGAACCUGCCGAGCUCGAGCACGACCAACUCGGCGAUAUCAGCGGGCGGCAUGAUUAAGAGUGCCGUCGCUGGUGCUGCUGAUCCGGGAACAUGGCUGGAUAUUCACCGAGACCUGAAGCAGAAUCUUCACGAGGCUAGACAAUGUCUGUCGCGGCGAGACGCUGCUGUUGAUAAUGGCAAUUCAACGGCCGCCGCGGAGGCGGGCGCAGCGGCCAAAAGGGUUCUCGUCCGCAGUGGAACGCUGAUCGCAACACUUGCGGAUGGACUACGAAAGAUACAAGAAUCGAAACGACUGGGCGAAGGAGAGCUGCGGCGUCGCCGGGAUCUGGUUUCCCAAGCCCGCAUGGAACGCGAGGGCUUAGAUAAGCUUUCCAACAGCAUGCCCAAUUCCACAUCAGCUUCAGGAAGAGGCGGCUUGAGUCAAGGUCAGGCCUCGGCAACUGACAAAGCUGGGCUGCUGAAGGGAGGCCGUCCUGCAGGUCGUGUUCUGGGUGCUCCUUUGCCAGAGACUGAUAAGACACGAGAAUUGGGCAACGAAGGAGUACUGCAGCUACAAAAGGAGGAGAUGCAAAACCAAGAUCUUGCCGUUGAACAGCUCACUGCAGUCAUUCGACGACAAAGAGAGAUGGGCGAGCGGAUCCAUGAAGAGGUUGAAGAUCAGAUUCGUCUGCUGGAUGAACUGGACCAGGACACUGAUCGCACAGGGGCUAAACUGAAGGUCGCGAACAACCGUAUCAAGAAGAUGUGA